GUUGGUGAUUGCCGCCUUCCAGACGAUAGUAUCACACGCUAUGUUUUCGUCCAGUUGACAUGUGAUGAUGGUUGUGGAAGUGUGAACGAUACGAUCGACUGAACUGUGUUUGAGGACAAUAAUCUCCCUCAGAAUUCCGCAAAAUAAGUGUGCAUCAAGAGGAGGUAUAGUAGCUAGUGGAGAUCUUUCCAGCUCCUCUGAAUCGGAAGGCUGUACAUGGCUGGCCGGCCCCAUCGUCCGACCGGCCCCAUCGUCCGACCGUGAGUACUCUCUGAGGUCAUACUAAGGCAUAGCAAGCUGAAUUUGUAGCACCCGGAAAUCUUGUGGAUCUUGAAAUUGCGGACAUUGUGGGCUCCAAUUUGACCCAUGACUUCUACUAAGUGGUGAUAACAGAUUCCUACUCCACUCCCCUCAGUUCAAGGUCUACUAACAAUACUUCACCACCUGACAACUUGACUCCUCAGCUGGUGAAUGCAAAGUACUCCAAAGUAGAAUAGCAUCAUCGGUGACAACAACGGGUCAAACAAGAUGGCCGCCAAUGACACUAGUGUGCAUGUGUCUGAUACGCAGACGUGGGAGAAGAACAAGAAAUACACAGUAUAUAAAGUUGUUGUGGUAACAGGCGGAAAGACGUGGUUCAUCUUCAGACGAUACAAUGAAUUCCACAAACUCUAUGAAAUGCUUAAGAAGAAGUUUCCAGAGGCUGACUUUAAACUUCCGGGAAAGAAGCUUUUUGGAAAUAACUUUGACCCUGAGUUCAUACGUCAACGACGAGAAGGUCUCCACGACUUCAUCCAAAAGAUAAUCACUAAUCCCAAGAUCCUUCAGCUGACCGAUGUACAAAGCUUCUUGUCCCUAGAUGACCCUCGAAACAACUCGGACAACAACGUCAUCGAUGAGAACAACACAGAAUAUUUUAGCGAUCCGAAAGAUCCCAAUACAAUCAACCUGGGUCCAUCUGCAAAUCCAUCAGCACGACCAAGUGACUUUGACUUUCUGAAGGUAAUCGGCAAGGGAAGUUUUGGUAAAGUGCUUCUAGCUAAACACAAACACAUGGAUAAGGUUUACGCUGUGAAGGUGUUGGAGAAGAAGGCUAUCAUGCAAAGAAAUGAACAAAAACACAUCAUGGCAGAGAGAAGCGUCCUACUGAAGAACCUCAAACAUCCAUUCCUGGUCUCACUCCAUUACUCUUUCCAAACACCGGACAAACUCUACUUUGUCCUGGACUACGUCAACGGCGGGGAGCUGUUCUUUCACCUGCAAAGAGAAAGGUCUUUCCCGGAGCCGAGAGCUCGGUUCUACACCGCUGAAAUUGCCAGCGCAAUCGGUUACCUUCACUCGCUGGAUAUCAUUUACAGAGAUCUGAAACCGGAGAAUAUCCUUCUUGACAGUAUAGGCCACGUCGUGAUGACAGACUUUGGGCUGUGUAAGGAGGGAAUUGCAGCAAAGGGUACUACAUCAACAUUCUGUGGAACACCAGAGUAUCUUGCCCCAGAAGUCUUGAAGAAGCAGGAGUACGACCGUAGUGUCGACUGGUGGUGCUUAGGAGCUGUACUCUAUGAAAUGCUCUCCGGAUUGCCUCCAUUUUACAGCCGAGACACCGCCGAGAUGUACGAUAACAUCCUACAUAGACCACUUAGAAUGAAGAGCAACUUCUCCUCUGCAGCUAAGGGAAUUCUAGAAGGGAUGCUCCAGAAGGACCGCAAGAAGAGACUCGGCGCCGGUGAUCAGGACUUUGAAGUGAUUCGUUGCCAUGAAUUCUUUGAGUCGAUAGACUGGGAGCUGCUUGACAACAGAGAGAUAACCCCACCGUUCAAUCCCAGUGUGAGUGACAACAUGGACACUAAGAAUAUUGAUCCUGACUUUGUCCGUGAGCCCGUUCCUCAGUCGGUCGGCCGAUCCAUCGAGUCUCACAUGGUCAGUGCGAGCGUUCAAGAGGCUGACUCUGCAUUCACUGGCUUCACGUAUGUCCCACCCAGCGAGGCGUUGGAAGACUAAACUACUCCGUAAGCUCAAAGCAUUCUAACUUUCCUUAAGAAAUCUUGAUACUCUUUGUAGGACACAAAACACAAUGGCCACAGUUUUACAUUUAACUCACAUGGUUUGAAGAUAACGAUGGUAAAAAGCUUCCCUAAAAAGUCACAACCAUAAUUUUGUCUCAGUAAAACAAACAUUAUUUUAGCAAUGUAAAACGUAAUAACCAGUUAUGGUAAUUAUACCUUUAACUGGUAAAUAUGUUUGAUGUGCUAAAACUGAGACGGAAGUUAUUUUCAUGAAGCAAUAUGAAAUAAUCUAGUGACAACAUUUUAAUAUUUU